CCAUCUUUGAAAGAUCCUGUAGACAGUUGAAGCCGCUUGAAGUAAUGAUAUAACCUGGUAGCUUGUUUGUUACGAGUAUAAAUUGAGUCUGAAUAAUUUUAAUUGCUGUAAAAUAAAUGUUUUAUAGUAAACAAUUACAACGGUGAGAAUUACAAUAUGAAUUUCCUUUUUGGAUGAAAUUAAUCUAAAAAUGAGCGAAAGUGCCGCACCCAGCGAAAUUCCCGAAAGCAACGGAGGGCCUGAACCACCUGCAUUUAAUGGUGAAACCGAGGAUCAUUCAAGUAACAAAUCUCCAGCUAGUGGAGAGGAUAAAGUACCAGAUUCAGUAUCUGACAAUAAUAUUAAAAAGAGUAAUAUUGUAACUGGUAGCGGAUCUACUGGAUCUGUAAAUACUGUAAAUCGUGGGAAAAAACGCAAGAAAGUUCCAAGGGAUGCCACAGCCCCUAAGCAGCCACUUACUGGUUACUUUCGAUUUUUAAACGAUCGUCGAGAAAAAGUUAGAACUGACAACCCUACAAUGCCUUUUGCCGAAAUUACCAAGUUAUUAGCAGCAGAAUGGAGCAGUUUACCUUCUGAUCACAAACAACAAUAUCUGGAUGCUGCUGAGCAAGAUAAGGAACGUUACAACCGCGAAUUCAGCGAUUACAAACAGACAGAGGCUUACAGACUCUUCAGUGAGAAACAGUCAACAGAGAAGCAAGUAGAAACCAAAAAAGAACGUAAUGGAACUGAACCAGCGUCUGAACAAAACGACGUUCAGCCUGAAAAAGAUAACGAUUUUUCUGGUUUCGACAUUCCAAUCUUCACCGAGGAAUUCUUAGAUCAUAACAAAGCUUGUGAAGCAGAACUUCGACAACUUCGCAAAGCCACUUCCGACUAUGAAGCCCAAAAUGCUGUGCUACAGCGACACGUAGACAGUCUUCACGCAGCAGUAAACAGAUUGGAGUCAGAAACAAGUCAGCAACGUACAACUAAUCAGGCUUUGCAGCGCCAUUUGGAUUCACUUCGCUCCCAGAUGGCUGGUUGCUUCGCCACAGUACCACUUCAAGGAACUCACGAUGGUGCAACGAUACAGAACAUUGAUGAUUACGUAGAGAGACUGGAGUCCUUAUUAAGUGGAAACGCAGAACCAUCUCUUAGGAAUGCUGCUCGAAGUGCUAUAUCUCGUUUGGAGCUUAUCGGAUGACGAUCACCUCCUACAGCUACGACGCUGAAGCAUCACCGAUCACGACACUCUCAUAGAAAGUGAAGUGAACUCUGGAAAAAGUUUAUUCGUUUUAUUAUUUCUGAGGUACGCGCAGCUCGUUAACUAGAUAUUAAUAAUGGUCAAUUAUUAUUUAUAAAUUGAUAUUUCACAUUGUAAAUUAUAAUUUUUCACAGUGCA